ACAGAGACAGAGACAGAGACAGAGACAGACAGAAAGAAAGAAAGAAAGACAGAAAAAAGAUGUAGUUUUGGGAAGAGGCCUUCCAAAAAGCGUGAGCAAGUUGACAUCCAAGGACCAGUGGUAAGAACAUCUCAGGGGACAUGAAACAACCUGAUGCCUCCAGUGCCCUUCCCCACUGGCUACUGAUUUGCGACUUCAUAGGCUCUUCUUAGUAACAGCUUCCUUUUACUUUCCUUGAUUCCGGUGUUGCUGACCGACUUCUUAGGAUCUGAGCAGUCGCGACGAAUAUGGACAUAUACUAUCUACAUCCAUUUGCAAUUGCUUGGAAAGUUGACAUGAUAUUCGAUGCAGGGUAUGCAGACUUUUUCAGUGUAGGAUGGAAUGCUGUCAGGACAUCGAGAACCAGUUGCCUUUCGAUCAUAAUGCAAUGUUGGCAGAUGGUUCAGACAACUCAGACGACGAAUUGAGCAGCCCUUCAGGGUCAGAUGAAGAGAGUGAAGAUGAAGAAUAUCCAUGUGAUCACGAAUGGAGUAUAAUGGAAGAUGUGCGAGCACUUAUAGAGUAUGCAAUGCCAUCUGAGCUGGGAGCCAGCCCAUUCCAGCUGGGUAAUAUGUCGCCUCCGCGGCCUCUGGCUCCGAAUGAAGGCUUUCAGGAUCAUCAGACAGCCUCGGCCUUGGCCAAAGCGGCGAUGUUGAUGCCGGUAGCAAUGGAUACCUACACAUUGGAAAAGGAUCCAGAGAAUGCGGGUAAAACAGUCUCUUUGCGGCGGGGCAUUCUGAGCAUGGUGACGUUAUUCGCCUUACUCACGUGUGCUAGCAUGCACUUUGUUCUAGAGAUCUAUACGGGCUUCAUGAAAAGUGCUGUCGCCGAUGCUGCCAACGAUGCGCUGUCAUAUCGAAGUGCAGCAAUUGACAAGAUAGUGCGAGAGAACUUCACUUCCGACAACUUAAAAGAAGUGCUUAGCCUUGUGGGGAAGAGCCUCACUGAUUCCAUUCAGAUCCCAGCUGAUCGCGCUUUGGAGUCGGUGUGGGGCUCCCUGCGCUCGCUGCAUGCUUUCAACGAGAGCUGGGACGGAAGCAUUGAGGUGUACAAGGAUCCGAUACUCUAUGGAAUCUUCGCCGAAUUUGACAGCCAGUGGCAUAUCCAGGAUGGUCCAUUUCGUUCCGACAACAUGGCAGUGUCAGAAGACAGGCCGCCCAAGAACCAGCUCAAGUCCUUGUCAAUCAUUCGAAGGUCUGGAGAAAUCCUAGGCAUGGCUGGCAGCUCCUACACUGUGGAUUGUCCACGUUCUGGGCCAGCUGUUUGCGGCAGUUGUAUAGGAAUGUGCAAGGACUUGGAUGUGUACGCGUUUGGCUCGGAAGGUGCGUCAAACCAGAAGGACCUUGUCAGCCGGAAAGUCAAUCUGUCUUCUGGGCUUCCUGUUGGCCAGCCGCUGCUUGUGGAACCCCUCGUGUGGAGAGACCGCCCUGAGUUCAAAGUGCAGCAGCAAGCAGCGGAGGCCAGCAGACUGGGAGGUGCCUCCAGCAUAACCAAACUUUGGUCUAGCAUCCACCACAUAGCUAGAGGAGCUUUGAGGAUGGCCUGGACGAUACCUUUAGCAUACUGUGGAAGCUAUUCUUGCUUUGAUGGCGUGGUUUCGGCUGAAGUUAUGCUGGAUCACAUCAGCCAUGAGUGCACGAAUGCUUUGAGCAAAUUGCAGAGUUCCCUAGAUGGAAUGCCUAUCAAUGCUGGAAAUGCGUCGGUCUUCGUUGUGAACCACAUCUCCAAGUAUCCGGACCAGUUGGGCUUGCUGCUGGGUUCUGCGGAGUGGUCAGAUUCAAGCCAGCAAUACCUUCCUCGUAACGCCACUGAUCUGGAGAAGCAUGAGCCGGAGCAGACAAUGGUUGCAGCCGCUUCCCGCGCCAUCCUGGCAAAGUUCCACAAAUGGGAUGCCAAUCUGCUCACUAUGCCGCAGGUGCUUAGUUUCCGCAAGAGCUAUGCCCUGAAGGGCGAGUUGGUAGAGUGUGGAUUCAACCGGAUCAACAUUGACGUCGCUGGUGGCAGGGCCAUGGAUUGCCUACAUCUUGCCACUUCGUCGUUGGAGCUGGGCAACUUCACGAGGUGGCUUGUGGUGGCGGUGGUGGCCGAUGGCACCUUCAAUGCACAUUCCUUGUUUGCGCAGCAAAGUGCUUUAGCUGUUCUGGAAGACAUGAAUGCCAUUGCCCACGACAGCAUCAACCAGGCACGCAUGACAUCAUCUGUUGUUUUAUUCGUUGUGGGCUUCAUUUUGCUUGUGAUCGGAGCGCUGCUUGCUUGGUGCAUUUCAGAGCCCAUGUUUCAAUUGUGCAAGCAAAUCCAGCAGAUGGAUGACUUUCAAGGAAUUUUACCCGAGUUAUUCGAGGUUCCUAACUACAGUGGCUUUGGCAUCAAAGAUGUCGCAGAUGCCCACCGUGCCUUCCGAAACCUCGCCUCGGGCAUUCGGGCUUUCUCUUUAUUUAUUCCAGAGGAAGUCGUAAAGAGAAUCAUUUAUGGGGAGCCGCGGUCAAUCCGGCCGCAUGUGGACAGCCGCAAUGUUACAGUCAUGUUCACAGGAAUCCGUGACAUCAUAAGAAUGUCACUGAAUGAAGAGCAGAUGCUGAGUGUGAUCACAAGGUUCCACAAGAUCAUGACAUCAAUCGUGGAGCAGUACGAGGGCACGGUUGGAGAGAUUUUGGACGAAGGCCUGUUGGUCUACUUCAAUGCCCCAAGAUUGGUCACAGAUCAUGCGUCCAGAGCCUGUGAAGCUGGACUUGCUCAGCGUCAGGCCAUGAACACCUUGCGGCAAGAGCUGGUGGAUGAUGGCUGGCUAGACCCUUCAGACGCCUUCCUGCGCCUGGGCGUGGGCAUCCACACCGGGAACGUCUUGGUCGGAUGCAUUGGCAGCACAAUGAAGAUGAAGUUUGGCUGCAUCGGCGACGCCAUGAAUUUGACAAGUCGAUUGCAAGGCCUUUGCAAGUUCUAUGAUGUGGAUGUCAUGUGUUCUGAAGAGACCUGGAUGGCAACGACAUCCUUGGUCUGCCGAAAGGUUGACCACUUGCAAGUCAAGGGCCGUCAAGAGACUACAGCUGUCUAUGAAGUCAUGGGCCAUGAUACUCUCGAGGGGGCGGGUGCCCUUACACCAGCCCAAACGCCGACACCGGCCGCAGCAUUUGGGAAGUCGUUGCCAGCCAGUCCACGCAAUGAUGACUCCCCGCCCAUCAGCCCAGCACAGAUGAUUGGGAAGCCCAAUGCCUUGACACUUCCAAUACCUUCUUCAGGCCGUGAGCGGAAGAAAGGCCCUCCAAAGUUCCUGCCGCCGGAGACGCACAGCCCCUCGCUGCUAAAUCCGAUCUCCAGAAGCCCACGGAGAGGCAACAUUCCGGAUGUGAUUGGUCGCCAGACAUCAUUGAGCCCAGAACGCACCACUCCAGGGGCUAUAGGGGACCGAACCAAUCGAACAUAUUGCGGAGGAGGGACUAGCACAGCAGCUUCGGCUUCUUACUAUCCAUCCCCAUCACCAGAAUCUGCAGGGUCAGAAGAAGGAUCGAGGUAUCUUCCGACAUCGCGAGGUGGUCGCUCAUGCCCAAGUUCCAGUCUGUCACCGACCUACUUUGAUCAGGUGACCGCAGAGCAGAAAGCCUUCAAAGCAGAGUACGAAGCCGCAUUGGAUGCGUACCAGAAUUCUCGCUUCGAUGACUGUGUCGAGAUGUGUCGUGCACUUCUAAAAUCCAAACCAGACGAUAAAGCGACAUUGAAGCUUAUGCAGAAGGCGCUCGACAGAGGAGAACCUGCCAUCACCGUGAUGCAUGAAAAGUGAUUUGAUUGCUGGUCGGAUUGCUGGAUGAGCGCCUUAGCUCCAAGCGCACCCUUGAGCCAUGCCUCCAGCCAACCCAAGACGCUUUAAAGCGAGACUGGGCCCGAAAGGUGGUAAAGUGAACGCGAGCAACUACAAAAACGCGCCGUAUUGUGAGAAUGUCAGGGCUCCUUUUCUGUGUCGUUGUUGAACACGUACGAACGUGGUUGAUUUCACCUGCCGAGCUGCUGUCUGCUCGAUCCGGCGGUUUGAGGGCCAAGGGCUGCGCGUAAGUUGCACGGAACGAAUUCGGGCUGGGCACAAGCGCCUCAGCACUCCAGGUGGCGUGACCUUAGUUUGAACCACGGGGCACUGCUCAACCUACUUUCACUUUGCGGAAUGGCCACCUACUUGUUACAAAGUCCUGCCAGUGCGAAAUGCACUGCAGGACGAUUCCCAGCCGGCUGGGAGAAUGCGCACUUGGAACACCGUCGGUGUUGCCGCCCUAAGACUUUGGAGUGGAUUUCUGUGAUUGUCCCCCAAACGGCUGUAAAGAACAGGCGCUGAGAGACAAUGCGCACGGCCUGUUUGAAGGGCAUGCGUGGCGGUGUCCUUUUUGAACGUUUUGUCGCAAUUUUAUAACAAAAAAGGGCGCCUGCAAAGGAGUGCUAUGUUGGGAUCUGGCUGGUUCUCCCCAAGUAGCUGUAAAAAAUACGUUGAGCAAUUAUGUGCGUGGUCUCUCUGAGGGCUGGCUUUCGUCCACUCCCCUUUCAGGUGCCCUACAUCCAUGCAUACAUACAUAUGUACCGAAUUUUCUGCCAGAAAGGUUGCGACGUGAGCGAGGGUUGUUUUUUGAGUGAUAAAAAUCGUUGCAGUUAAAGAAGGUGCGGGGAAUACAAGAGCUGCAUGCCGAUAGAUUGAAGGCUUCAUAUGCCGCAGCGUCGUAAGAUGCACAGUGCAGGAAGCCGAAUGUACAUUCCCACAUUUCCGCUGGCCAGACAGGCAGAAAGCGAAAGCGCGGCACAUUCGCUAAGACGCCCAGACACCAUGCUCGACGCUCGAGUCGACAAUAAGGGGAGAAACGACAUUUGUUGUGGGCUGCAAAUGUGCAAGCUUUCAGUUUGCAAAAAACUAUCAGCCUGUGGACUGAGAAAGACCACGAAGGGAUAUCUCGGCUCCGACCUGCGUGAAGCUAACUAUAGCAUUUGCGUUGCAACAUCAGACUCAUUGGUCAUUGGAAGAUUGUUCACAUGAAGAUCUUUCAUUGAACCUUUCAAGGAGGGAAGACCAUGAUGUUAGACUGAGGCAGGCAUCAGCAAGAGCCCUGAGGGCUUAGCUUGUUGCAGUGGAACGAAGUGCUCUGGCGAAAGCUUUCGUUGCAGACUUUUCCUUCUCCCUCGUUGGAUGCCCUGGAAAAGUUGAUUGUGAGCUGGCAGUGCAAGAUCCUGAAGUUUGUUGAACAUCGGUUCACGGAGUUGAGAACCCGCUUGUAGCUUUCAACAGGUCCCAUUGCCAACCCAUCCCUGACUUUCCGCACAAGGUGCCUUUCCAGCAGCUCCCUUUCCAAUUUUGUACGCACCCUGCCAUGACCAGCGAUACAACACUACAACAUGCACAAGAGUCGAAGGCGUACUUUAUUACUAUUACCUUUGAAGUUAAGUUUCCUAAUAAUCGUGAGCUAUCCUGCGUCCAGUUACUGGAAGCGAACUAGUAACUAGUCGCCUUAAGUUGUUUAAAUGGGCGCCUACUUAAUUAUGUAGGGAGGCGGGACCUAGCGGGCCAAAACAAAUUGUCCUUCACCAAUGUCAAACACCACAACCCGCUCUCUCGUGUGAAGGCGGAAAGGAGGGCGCCUCAAGAAGAUCCAUUCUUUUUCGCAGAUUAAGGUAUGUGGCCUGUGGGCUGGCAAGGGAAAGUGCAGUGAUUUUGAAGGGGAUCAUUUGCUAGAGCAUUUGCGAACCUGUCCAGUGCCCUCCACGGAGGACAUCAUCCACUGCUCAGACAUCAUGCUUGAGCUGGGCUAAGUGGGUGGUGGAAAGUGG